UGCCAGAGACUCGACCAUAACGCGAGAGACGGGGGAGAGAGAGAGAAAGAGAGAGAGAUGGGGAACGCCAUAGCCGGGGGCGAGAGGAAGAAGGUGCGGCUGAUGAAGGUGGACGGCGAGACGGUGAAGCUGAAGGGUCCGGUGAGCGUGGGGGAGGUGGUGCGGCAGUACCCGAACCACGCCGUCCUGGACUCGGCGGCGGUGAAGAACCUGGGCACGAUGGCCAAGCCGCUGGACGAGAACCACGAGCUCAAGGGCGGGAAGAAGCGCCUCUACUUCCUGGUGGAGCUGCAGAAGCUGCAGCCGCCGCCGCCCCCGCCGCAGCCGGAGGAGAGGCUCCCCAGGAGGGCGAGGUCGACGGGGAUCCAAAUGAGCGCCAAGGAGCGGCUCGAGAGCCUCAUGCUCGCCAAGCGCUCCGUCUCCGACCUCACCUUCGUCAAGGCGCCCUCCGCCGCAGGCGGAGAGGGCGCAGAGGAAGGCGGAGGCGUCCUCCGCGUCAAGAUGCGGGUGCCCAAGUCGCAGGUCUCGCAGCUCCUCCAGGGCAGCGCCGGCGGAGCAGACGCCGCUCAGAAGAUCAUCGACCUCUGCCUCAAGAAAGAGGAAGACGCCGCUCCCCCCGCGGCCCACGCCGCCGCCGGCGCCGAGGUCGCGGAGGGCAGCAAGAGCGGGAAUCUCGGAACCUGGAAGCCAGCGCUCGGCAGCAUUCAAGAGGGCGCCGGCGGCUUAAAGUCGGCCCUCCGUCAGAAGAAGGGAGUGAGGUUCCAAAUGGCGGAAGAAGGGAGGAUAGCGUAGAAGAUGACCUAUACGUAUACAAGCGUCUUGUGGGGUAUUUUUGUUGCUUGUUGUUUCUCUCUAGAGGGAGAACUUUGGAGACAGGGGAAGGCGAGCUAAGUGCAGCCCAUGUUCGGCCCUUUGUAUAGGACACCAAGAAGGGCAAGAUCAUGCACGCCGGAGAUCCAUCGAUCCAUCAACGUUCUGGCUUAGAACAUAUAUGCCGACAAUAUGAGAAACUAAAGAAUGGGUUUGUAGUGCUUACAGGUGACAUGAAAGAUUCAUGGUGCUUUACUGCACUUAUCUGCCUCACUGAAAUUGUUUUAUCUUUUAUUAAUAUAAGAAUUUAUAGUCUUCA